AAAGUCAUCCAAAUUUUUUAAAUUGGGUGGAAGGGUUAAAAGUUUUUUGAGUUUUUUAUUUUUUUCAAUUCAACAACUUAUUUCAGUUAUAGAACAAUUUUGAUAGUUAUUCGAUAACUAGGUGUAGUUAUCGAACAACUAGUUGUUCCACAAUUGAGAGAAGUUGAGGGACAAGUUUGUAGGACCACUUAUUUUUUUUAAUUGGAAACUUGGAAGGCCUUCUGGCUUAUUUUUCUCCUUCCAGAUCUCUCUCUCUCUGAAGCUUUUUUCUCGGUUUUCUUCAGCAAACGCAGGUAUACUCUCUAUAUGUUUCCACUUCGAAAAAUCUGGAGAUUUUUUUAUGUCAUCAUGUAACAUUGUUGAUUAUUUUGGUCCUUUUUUUUCUUUUAAUAUCUCCAUUUUUUGGGCUUACUAUAGUUUUAUUAAAGAUAUAUAGGUUUCACUUAUAAAUUUUAUUUGUUUUUUGGAGCAAAUUAGCAAGACCAGUUUCCAUUUUGCUGUUGUUUCUGAUUACUGCUAGUUAAUGAUCUCCAAUUGGUUUAUUGUAUCCUUUCUGAUUUUCCUUUACAUCGUCCUAAAACCUCCGUUUCAGGCUAAUUGAAUCAUUUUUUAUAUUUGCUAUAUAAACAAUUUUGCAUGUCCGAGGGUCUAUUGGAAACAACUUCUCUACCGUCACAAAGCAGGUGUGGAAACAACUUCUCUACCGUCACAAGGCAGGUGUAAGGUUUGCGUACACACUUUUUUCGUCCGACUCAGACCCCACUUGUGGGAUUACACUUGGUUUGUUGUUGUUGUAAACAAUUUUGCAUGUUCAAUGUGUAACCUAAAUGCUUGACUUUUGGAAGUCUUAUGUCCUCUUUCAUAUGUGAGUCUGCUUAUCCCUCUCUUAACUCUCUCGGGUUAGAGGGCGAUAAGAUGCUGUUUUUUUUUGUAGUUAAGAAACAUUGUGUUUCAUUGCUAAAGUUGUUUGUUGACCAUGUUUUUUAUCUCUUCUAGUUUUUCAACCGCGGUCUUUGAAGAUGUUACAGAAUGUUCAACACCAGCUUUUGCAAUCGCCGGCCAGGCUAGGCCUGCCAACUCCCAGUUCACCUUCUCUACAAAGCACAACUCCUCCUCCUAAGUUCUCCUCACAAGUGUCGCAACCUCUUCAACCCAAUCAACAGGCAAAUGUCUUAACUACCACUACCACCUCAUCGACGCUCCUUCCUCUUCUCCCACCUCUCCCUAGAGCUCAGUCUCUUCUCGUUCAAAUGUCAUCUCUUACUUCGAGGCUCUUUGAAGUCUCACCUAACCGGUCCCAUUGGCUUAGUGCUUUUCGUGGUUCUUUCCCUUCAUUUCUGCCUUCUGCAGCACCAUUUCCACAAGAUUCCUUCCCAUCAUCCUCAAAAGAAAUCCUUUCUGUGUUUACUUCUCUUCAGACACAGCUGUUUGAAGCAGUUGCCGAACUACAAGAAAUUCUUGAUCUUCAAGAUGAGAAGCAAAAAAUCGCCCGUGAAAUUAGGUCAAAUGAUUCUGUAAUUCUUGCCUUCGCCAACAAACUCAAAGGAGCUGAGCGCGUUCUUGACAAUCUUGUUGAUGAUUACUCUGAUUAUCGUCGUCCCAAACGGGCCAAGUUGGAAAAUGAUACCGAAGAAUCUUCAGUAACAACUGUGGCAACUCAGUUGAAAUUAUCUGACAUAUUGUCAUAUGCUCGUAGGAUAAGUUACACUACUUUUGCACCACCUGAAUUUGGUGGUGGACAAGCUCCUCUUCGGGGAGCACUCCCACCAGCUCCACAGGAUGAGCAAAUGCGUGCAUCUCAAUUAUAUAAUUUUGCUGAUCUUGAUGUUGGUUUACCUAAAACAGAUGAAGGCAAAGAGAAUAUUUUGGAGCGACUCAUUGAGCCUCUGGCAGAAAGUAACCCACUUGCCAAUCUUUCAGCAAUUCAGGGCCUUGUCCCUCCAAAUAUUGUAGUUCCAUCUGGUUGGAAACCUGGCAUGCCUGUUGAGUUACCCACUGAUCUCCCACUUCCUCCACCUGGGUGGAAACCUGGCGAUCCAAUUGCUCUUCCUCCAGUGGAUUCUCGUCCACUUCAAAAGGUCGAGGAGGCACCAGCACGACCAGUACCUCCUCCAGGACUUUCAAGAAUGCCCGAACCAAUACAAGUUCGACAUGUGCAGCUUGAUAUUGAUGAUGAUAGUAGCGAUUAUAGUUCUGAUGAGGCCAGCUCUGAUAGUGAAGAUUGAUGUGGUUAGCUGUUUUGAGUAGCUAAUAAAAGUUCAGCAUCUGCAGCUUGAUAUUACUUCUCCAGUUCUCCUUGCAGUUUCUCUUCUUGCCUCACUAUUGGAUGAAUUCCCUUCUUUGAAACAACAGCCAUGCACAGUAUCAGAAUUCUGAGUGUAGCAUUAUGGGACUUCACAGCUGAGCGAUUCCAGAGUGGAUCACCUUUAAGCAGGGAUGAGUCUACAGCUACAAUAUAUUGGAACUGAUGGACAGGUUAAACUAGCUAAUUUUAUGUUCAGUUAGACCAAACCAUCAAUUUUGAAGUGUGUAUGCUAAGGCUUAUAGUCCCUUCCCUUGUACUGAUCCUUUAUGUAAUUAAACAGUCAUUUAGACUUAUACUUAAUUCUUGCUACCAAUUAAGAUAAUUAGACUACGUAGUGAGUUCUCAUAAUAAAUGUGUUGCAUGUACUUGAGUAA